UAAGUGUUUUUGGUAGCUGGUUAUAUGUUUGUACCCAACAUGGAAAGUGAUAUCUUGAGAGUUAAGUGUCCUUGACAAUUGAAUGAAUUUGUAAAUAUUUACAAAUAUUCAGCCAGCAUAUGCAAUCUGACCCUAUUAAUUACUAGUUGACAGAAUUUCCUUUCAGCUGGACUUGGGAGUCUUUAAGUAGACUCUUGAUCCUAUCUUCUCUUCUUUAUGUAAAUUAGGUGGUAUUUCUUGUCUAGCAUAUGAAUGGUUAUCCAGCUGAUGAAUUAGCUGAUAAUUACUUAACAGCAGACAAGUGUCUAGCAGUAAAACCACUAUCCAGUAGAUCCAAUUAAAAUUCCAAGAAUAGUGUAUGAUCCAAAAGAAAUAGUGUGACACUUGGAAUUAAUAGCUCCCGCCAACAACAGAGAGGAAAGGAAAAUUACACGAUAGGAGUGUGCAAUCACAGGUGAUCUGUGUUAAGGCUACGAUGUACAAAGCAACAUCCUUUGAGGCGUGGCAACAAUUUUAUUCUUUGUGACAUGAUUUUUAGGUUCCUCAAAUUCAUGUUAGUUUGAAUUUGUAAAAUAAUGAAUCAAAUUUUUUACGAUUUAUCCACCACUUGAUAUGCCAUUUUUACUUUUUUCUGUGCAAGUUUUCCAAUUUCCCUAUGUUACCUUAGAAUUUGUCAAUUCAGUUUGACGACACUGAAGGCUAUUGGAGCUACUCGCCAAGAGACCUGAGUACUAGUAAUGCCAACGAAAACAACAUGGCGGCUGGCGGGAAUGUUGAAGUUGUUUGGAAAGCUCUAAUGAACUACUUGAUUCCCGAGUCUACUCAAGCACCAGAUUCUUUGGAGCAGUUUACUCAAAACCCUGACGUGUUUGUUCGAAUGCGAGACUGGUUUUUGGAAAAGUUCAAGAAAGAUUUGAAAGAUAAAUUUCGACCACAAUUUUGGUCCUAUGUCCAAGAAGACAAAGAGGUUGAAGCAAAAGGAUUUAACACCCUUCUAUGUGCAGUGGGAGAUCUCUAUAGAGGGUUAUCAGCAUACAGGCCAUUUGUAGAUCUUCUUCAAUCUUUGACAGGAUCACUUCCAUUAGGUGAUCUUAAUCUGCAGUUUGAAAGACUUGUGAGGGCUGUUAUCUUUUGUGAUAUACCUGAGCAUUUCAGAGGUAUCGUACAUGCAUCCUACACUCAAGCAUUUCAAGCAUACCAAAUCAAAAGCAGAAAGGAAAACAAAAUGGACACAUCAGGUGCUUCAUCACUAGGUGCUGAAGGUGAUGAUGAAGAUGAUGAUGUGGAAUCACUGACUUGCUCUGGUUGUUUUGAAGAGAAGGACUGUUGUCAUUGUGAAGACAUAAUUGAAGGAUUUUCACAGCUCAACAGCCAGUUCAGUUCACUUGGACUAAUAAAUAGAGUUGCUGAACCAGCUUUCCUGUCAGUCAUUCAUAAGGAGAUUCAAAGAAAAAUUGAUGAAAAGUGUAAAGGCGAAUUUGAGACAUCCUUUUUGUCUUCCUUGUUAAACUGGGUUGAUACUGAACUGUGUGGCUGGCUCUUGACAAUUUUUCAAUCUCAAGCGAAUGCUGACCCUAAGAAAAGUACUGAAGAGUUGUACAAGGAUGCAAUAAAAGGUGUGGACACAUCACUGGAUGCAUGGAAACCCAAACUGAAGUACUUCAUGUACAAGUCAUUUGCUGACCUCAGAAUCAGUGAAUUGUUCACCAUAAUAGUGGAAUAUCCAGACUCUCUCCCUACAAUUAAAGAUCUUAAGUCAUGUUUAGAAGUUACUGACCAAAGAAAAGAGCUCAUAUCAUCUCUCAGAUCUGCGUUUGAGAGACGUUUGCUUCAUCCUGGUGCCAACACAUCAGACAUUCUAACUCAGUGUGUGUCAGCCAUCAGAGCUCUCCAUGUACUAGAUCCAUCUGGAGUGAUUCUAGAACAUGUCUGUUUACCUGUCAGGCAAUAUCUCAGAACUCGUGAGGAUACUGUACGCUGUAUUGUGACAAGUUUGACAGACGACAGUAGCACAGAACUUGCAGAGGAAUUAAUGCGAGGAGAUCCGCGCACUAUUGAUGAUUUAGGCGCUUCUGAUAGUGAGGAUGAUGAUGACAAGUGGAUGCCAGCCCCAAGUGAUGCUGAUCCAGAUAAAAUAUUAAGUAGCAGGAAAGCACCAGACAUCAUUAGCAUGCUUGUCAACAUUUAUGGAAGUAAAGACCUGUUUGUGUCUGAGUAUCGCACACUCUUGGCUGAUCGCAUUCUAUCAACCUUUAACAAUGAUACUGAAAAAGAGCUUCGUUAUCUGGAGCUGUUGAAGCUCCGCUUCGGUGAAUCACACUUACACUUCUGUGAGAUUAUGUUGAAAGAUGUGGCAGACUCAAGAAGAAUUAAUUCUCAUAUUCAGGCAUCAGCCAAAAAUGCUGAUAAUAAAAAGGCAAAUGCUAUUCCCUUAACAUCCAUGGUUUUAUCUGCGGUAUUUUGGCCGGCAUUUCGGGAAGAGAAACUCAAAGUUCCUGAGGAAGUGCAAAGGGCCAUGGAUGAGUAUACUCAUGGAUUUGAGGCCCUUAAAGGCAUGCGAACAUUAAGGUGGAAACCUCAUUUGGGUCUGGUUGAGGUUGAAGUUGAACUGGCUGAUCGCACUCUGUCUUUAUCUGUCACACCAACUCAGGCCACUGCCAUUAUGCAUUUUCAAGAGAAAGAACGCUGGACUGUGGAAGAGCUUAGUGGCGUAAUGCAUGUUCCUCCUGGUCUCCUGAGGAGGCGUUUAGGAUUCUGGGUCAGUCAGGGUGUUCUCAAAGAGGAGUCUACAGACACGUUUAUUGUUAUGGAAAAACAAAAAGGACAACAACGAGCUACAGAAGUUGUCAUGGAUGCAGAGAUAGAAUCUGUUAUGGCUUCUUCACAUGAUCAAAGGGAGGAGGAAUUACAGGUAUUUUGGUCUUACAUUGUUGGUAUGCUGACCAAUCUGGAAAGUCUGCCAUUGGACAGAAUACAUUCCAUGUUGCGGAUGUUUGCUAUGCAAGGACCCUCAUCAAGCCAGUGCAGUGUGGAUGACCUGAGGAGGUUCCUAGAUCGCAAAGUUAAAGACCAAGAGUUGCAGUUUGUGAAUGGAUUUUACAGGUUACCCAAGUCAGGCAGAUAACAGCAAAAGUCAUCACAAACUAGCCAUAUGAGAAUUUCUAACCUUUGUUGUUCCAGUAAUCACAAUAUAUGAAGCUGGGGCAAAUAAAUGGAAGCACAGAUCAGAUACUGUUACGUAUCUUUCCACUGAAGUACUAAGGUUCCAAUAUUUACCUGGAAAAGCCUCUGCACAUUUCCCACUCUUUGGCUCAGGUUUAAAAAAUGUAUUGCUUCUGAUGGUACCUUCUUAACUAAAAGUUAAGAAUUGUGAAAGGGCAAUCAAAAACAAGAAGUAAACAGAGACCUGAAAAAUUUUUGAAAUAUCAUCAUCAACAACAAAAAAAAAAUGCUAUUUCAAGUUAAAACAGUUAACCAUUAUUUUAUUAGCCAUUGUAUAGUUCUUUACAUCACUCAAAAAUUACAUUUAAUAGAAAUUAAAAGGAUUGAACUCAUGUGGCAACAGUUCCAGGAGUGAAAUAUUCAUCCCAUUCUAUUUACACCACUCUUCUAUUGCACAAUACUUACAUUUACUUUGUACAUCACACACAUUAUUCCAAAAAAUUGUU